UUUACCUUAUUAUCUUCCUCUUUCUCUCUCUCUCUCUCAAAAGCUGUGCAUUUUCAGGUCUCAUUUCAAAAUCUCAUUCCUACUGCAUUUAAACUCUCUGAUCCGAUAUAAACCCCAAACACCUCACCCCGAAAUCCUCCGGUUUCGCGCAUGGUUUAAACUUUCUAUUCCCACAGACAGACACAGAUAUAUUGUGCAUAAAGAAAGACAAACUCGCUUCAAUUGUGACACCACUGUGGCUUGGGCUUGAAUACUUGUAAUUUGGACCAUUUAUUGCGAUCAAACUGAGCCCGUGAACCAGUGACGGGGUUCGUUCAUCGAGGCUGUUCGCAUUCAACGCUUCCUCAAAGUAUUCGUGAAUUUUCAUUGGAAGGAUUCAUUUCCACUCUGUAAGAGAAGUAUUCAGAAGUAUUGUUUUAGAAGGCAAAUUUUGGCCAAUUGCUAAAAUUCCACUAAUACGAGCAAAACCCUUUGAGAAAGAAGCUGGCCAAUUGUGUUUGAUUGAUGGGUUAUCUUUAAGCCAACUAUCGGGUUUUUUCUGGUGACGGGAGAUUUAGAGAUUUUGGGUGUUGGAUUCCUGUCAAUUGCUCUUUCUUUAAUUUAUAAAAGCUUAAUUUAUCCAAAAUUUGGCGGGUGAAAUUGAGGUCAACGAAAUGCUGGAGUCUGAAUUGUGCUCAGCUCGAGUUCUCUCACCUUUUCGUGAGGAAAGUGGCGAUGAAGAGCUCUCUGUUCUUCCCAGGCACACCAAAGUUAUUGUCACAGGAAACAACAGAACAAAGUCUGUUUUGGUGGGCUUGCAAGGUGUGGUGAAGAAGGCUGUCGGGCUCGGUGGUUGGCAUUGGCUGGGUUUGGGCUUUAUCUUUUCCCCGAGAUUGAAGGUAGCUGUCUCGUCUCAUAACUCAUCUUGUUCACAGUCUUCCAUGAGUAAUCAAGUUCUGAAGAAUGGUGUUGAGGUUAAGCUGCAGAGGAAUGCACUCUCUGUCUUGGAACAUCCUACUGGAAAUGAAGUAGAUGAAGAUGAUUUUGAUAACUCCAGCAGUGGCUCAGACAUUUGUGAAAAGGAUCAUGAUUUUUCUAGUGGUAUUGAGUUUCAUAGACUUAGCAAACCAAGAGUUAGGCAAACAAGGCCAUGGAUUCCAUCUUCAUCGACAAAGACUAAUCGCAGUAGUUACAGAGAUGUUCAGUCCAUUAUUCAUGCACCUCAACCAAAAGUGAACCUGGCAAAGUUGGAAACGAGCUCAUUGGGGAGAUAUUGCAAACACUUUAACCUUGCUGGCAUCGGUUCUGAUUCAUCAAGGGAACAGAUGCUGAGGGCUGCACAGAAACAUUUUAUUUCACAGGUGCGAUGUAACGAGGCACAAGUGAUAUCUGAGUUCAUAGUUGCGGCAAAGAGACUGAAGAAGAGCGGGCAGUGAGGAGGUUUGGAUGUUAAAAUGCAUUGUAUAAUUAUAUAACGUAUAAACUCUAACCUUUAGGUCAGGAUCUAAUCAUAGGUUAAUGUGGGAAGAAGGGUUAGUUGGCAAUCCCAAUUUCUUCCAGAACUCUUAACCCUGCACUUGUAUGUCUACAAAAAUGAGGAUGGGUGUGGAUAGAUUUGAAUGUGACUUGAAAAAAAAAAAAAAAAAAAAACUGGCAUUGGUUGAUGGAUCAAAUUAAACUAUGGAUUGAUGGUAGAUUUGGUAAGAGUAAAAAAUUUAAAUUGAGAUUGGACUGUGGCAACUGAACCUUUAAAAACUGUUUCCAAUGGUUGUAGGAGAUGAUCACAUCCGCAUAGGUAAUUAUAUAAUUGGAUUAAUAUUAGAAAUUGGAAAA